AUGGCUUCAGUGGGAGCAUCUGAACUCAUACAUCAUCAGCUUGUGGAGUCUGUGUUAGCGGCGACUUUCAGGUGGCUUGAUGAGACACCUGUGUCUCGAAUUAUCACUCGGUCUACGCAAGACAUUGGUUCUGUUGACUUUGCCCUACCUAUAAUAGCAAGCCGUGUUUGUGAUAUCUCCGUCAGCUUGCUAUUCAAAAUAGGCGCAGUGGUCAUCUUCACCCCCACGUUUUUGCUUCCUAGCAUCGUCCUCGUUGCUCUGGGAACGUGGGUCGGCAGUCUCUACCUGAAGGCUCAAUCUUCCGUAAAACGAGAAAUGUCGAUUGCCAAAGCUCCGGUUAUAGGACUGAUGGGUAUCGUGUCAACCGGAAUCGUCUCAGUCCGAGCUUAUUCUGCUCAAGAUCAAUUUGCCGAUCUUUUAAUGACGCGCAUUGAUCAUUAUUCUCGUUCGGCGAGGGUUUUCCAUAACCUCCAACGUUGGAUGGCCAUUCGAACCGAAACACUCGCUGGAAUCUUCAGCGCGGGUUUGGCAUGGUACCUUGUUUACUUCACGAACUCCAAUGCUUCCGCUACUGGCUUCUUGUUGAAUCUCGCAGUCACGUUCAGCGGUGGAAUAGUAUGGUGGGUGAUAGCAGUGAAUGGCUUGGAAGCCGAAAGCAACUGUCUUGAACGCCUCGAAAGCUAUCUUCAAAUUGACCAAGAGGCGCGUCUAAACGAUGGUCGUAUACCCCCAGCUCAUUGGCCAUCCAGUGGCGAGUUGCGCGUGGAGAAUCUUAGCGCAAAGUAUGCACCAGAUGACCCUGAAGUCUUACAUGGGCUAUCAUUUCAUAUUAAGUCGGGGGAGCGUAUCGGUGUUGUUGGUCGCACUGGGUCUGGAAAGAGCACACUAACUCUAGCACUAUUGAGAUGCAUACUCACCAGAGGAGAUGUCUUUUACGACGGAAUUUUGACGUCUACACUCAAUCUGGAUUCAUUACGUUCCCAGAUUACUAUCAUUCCACAAACACCUGAACUUAUUUCUGGAAAUCUGAGGCAAAAUCUAGAUCCCUUUGAGGAACAUGCAGACUAUGUACUGAAUGAUGCAUUGAAAUCGGCUGGCCUGGUCUCCCUUCAAGAAGAUUUAGAAAAUGAAGACAAAGUCAAUUUGGAUACGCCUAUCUCCAGCGGAGGAGCAAACCUUUCAGUAGGCCAACGUCAGAUCAUUGCGUUGGCCAGGGCAAUUGUAAGACAAAGCAAAUUGUUAAUACUGGAUGAAGCUACAUCCGCGAUCGAUUACAAAACAGAUGCAAUUAUUCAAGAGUCUCUUCGAAACGAGUAUAAGGCACGAGGUGGAGAUGCCACAAUAAUCACGAUAGCCCACCGUCUACAGACCGUCAUGGAUGCAAGUCGAAUUAUGGUACUAGAUGCAGGUCGCAUUGUCGAAUUUGACUCGCCGAAGGCGUUACUUCAAAAAAGUACCGGUCACUUCCGCACUAUGGUAGACAACGCCAAUGACAGAUUAACAUUGUUAGCAAUGGUUCAGGAUUAG